UAACAUUUACACAUGUACUCCAUAAACUACUGUGGGAAGAUUGCCUAAUCACUGUACCAUCUCAGAGAAAAACAGAACAUCAAUGCCAGAAUCUUUCUCAGUAUUUAGCAAUUGUAAGAUGGUCAUUGAUUGUACUGAUUUGGAAAUAGCUGCCCCUGGCUUAAUGAGUGAGCAAAGAAUGACUUAUUCAACUUAUAGAGGGAUGAACUCUUUUAAGACCCUCAUUGGUGUUGUCCCCAAUGCAGUUAUUACGCAUGUAAGCAAAUUAUUCCGUGGUUCUACAUCAGAUAAAGCCAUUGUUAAAAAUUCAGGCGUAUUGAACCAUUUUAAACCUGGUGAUUUAAUACUUGCAGACAAAGGGUUUCUGAUCAGUGAUGUUGUACCGGUUGGGGUGUCUGUCAAUAUUCCCCCAUUCCUUUACAAUGGGAAGUUUAACGAAUCCGAAAUCAAACUGACGAAAACAAUUGCAAGAUGUAGGAUUCAUGUUGAAAGAGUGAAUGCCCAUUUAAAGGACUUUAAGAUUCUGAACUUCAUCCCACCUUAUCGUCAAUGCUAUUCGGACAAAAUUCUUCAACUGUGUGCUGGAUUGGUGAAUCUUCAACCCUCAUCGAUCAAAGAGAUAAGAGACACUGUGGAUAUGGAAUGAUAGUUUUUUGUAAGAAAAUAUGUAAUUUCAUAAAACAUUUUAGUGAACAUAAAUGUUCCAUAUGUAAAGGAGACUCAUUUAAGUUUUUUGUGGCUUCUAUUACACUCUGAAAACACUACUAUUUACUAAUUUUAAAUCAUGUUGUAUUUUUUAUGUUUGUAUCAUGGAAAGUUUUAAUAGAGUAUAAAUGUACAAUAUGAAAUAUAAAAGUAUAAUGCUAUAUUGUAUUUAAUGCUAUCUAUAUAUAUAUGUUUAUCUCUUGCUUAAACUACCACCUGUGAG